UGGAACGUUUGUCGCCACUGCCGUUGGGGGUAAUGGCACUUUCGACAAGUCGUUCGUUGCACGUGUAUGUACGUUUCGUUGUGUUUACGUCUUCUAUUCUGCCCGAGACCAUCCCUCCUCGUCGACGCGGGCGCAUCAACGAGAGGAUGAUCACGAGCGAUGCGCUCGCAUCGAACAUCGUCUAGGAAGACCGCCGUUUCGUCGACCUUACGUCCGCGAUUUUUCGCCGAGUGUCGAGGUCGCGCGCGGUAGCGUAGCAGUAACAGUAGUGCCGCAACAGCAGCAGCAGCAGCAGCAGCAGACGCAACGGCAGGCCGACGUCGUCCCGCGAAGAUCUUCGUAACCUCCCUACUGAGGUGUUCUCAUCCCGCCAGCUUGUCGUAAGAGAGACGCCCGAGAGCGUAAGAGAGAGAUAUACAUAGAGUGAGAAUCGUUUUGGCCGAAAUCAAAUCUCCGCGAGUCUUAGAAUCUGCACGGUAGCUUUCUAUAUAACCGGCUCGAUGAGCGACGGUAAGCAGGUAGGUGAAACUCCCAGUAGCGAGGUUGCUAAUCGAUUUCGAAGCUGUAGGGAUCUGAGCGACAUUGUACCGUUGUACCCGUCGCACGCGCUUUAUCUGAAACCGCUUGCCAAAGUUAACGUGUCGGUCAGUCUGCCCCAACUGAAGACUCCAGGCAAAACGAUAUCGACAUGGGAGGUAAUGGAGAAGAUACGCGCGCUUAUACUGCCGGACGAAUUUGCAUCCCUGAAAGUAGCCAAGAGCACCCUGGAGUUCAUUCGGCUGGAGGGCGACCUGCGGGACCGAUGCAGGUUGCUGAGGGUGUUGGCCAGGCUGGACUUGCAGCACCUCAAUCUGGCCGGGUUCCCCAAUGUCCUCAAGGUCCGCGCGGCCGAGGCGAAGGACGACUUCCCAAACAGACACAGCUGGAACUCCUAUUUCAGGGAUGCAAAACACAUGAACGAGUUGAAGGCCGGCGAGAGACCGGACACUAUCCAUAUUACCGGUCUGCCGGUUAAGUGGUUCACCGAGGACAACGCGAGCGUACCGAGCGAGGCGCUCGUCACCAAGAUCUUUAAGAAAUGGGGCACGCUGAGGAGGGUCGAUGUACCUGCCGCGGAUACCUACAGAUCCAGGAUGCGGCUCGGUAACAACAUUCACAAAUUCAGCUACGAGGACGGCAUAUUUUUCGACGUGUACGUACAGUACGUCGAAUAUAUGGAUUUUGUCAGAGCGAUGGACGCUCUGCGCGGCAUGAAACUGCUGAAGAAGGAUGGUCAGAAUUCCCUGACCGCGACAAUAAAGGUUGAUUUUGACAAGACCAAACACAUGAGCGACAGCUCGGUAUCGCAUCGGGACUUCGAGAGAAAGCGUUUAAUAGCACAGGAUAAUUUAGCGGCGGAGAAACUUCGAAAAAGAGAGGAAGCGGAGAAGAAACGGCUAGAGGAACUAAAAAAAAAGGAAGAGACGGAUUCGCUAGCGAAAACAGACCGACGACAAAAGCGGGAAGAGAAACGAAAGCGAAAGGCCCUCACAAAGUUUCGUAAGCAAGAAGAGGACAAAGUUUCGAUGAAGAUCGCUAGGGAAGAACAAAAGUUGAUAAAAGCUCAAAGGCAGUUGGAAAGCAUACGAUUAUUGGACGAAUUGUUUGACAGGAUAAAGACGAAAGUGGAGAAGAAAGAGAUCAAGUUGAAUCAGAACAUCGUAAAAAAGAACGAAACAAAAAACGAUCAGACGAGUGAAAAUGCUAAGAAAGUAGAUUCGGAAAAUGACAAAAAAAAUAAAGACAAGCAGAUCAAAAAGAAGAAAACAAAAAAAGAGAAAAAGAAUAAGAAAAAGCGGAAGAAAACGCAGAAGAAAAGGAAAAAAGGUGACGAUUCCGCUUCGGGUAGCACGACCGAGGAAGAAUCGGAUAAAGAGACAAGUAAGAAAAAACUCAAGAGUGUCUUGAUAAAAAACGGCGGUGCGACUUCGUCCACAGGUGCCGUAUCAACCACAAAUCUUCCUUAUGAUUAUUCUGAUUCGAUAUCGAUGCAGAGGAUACCAAUGUUACCAUUCCACACAUUGCGAAUGUCGAAGUAUGGGAGAUCUCAAAUGAUUCGGUCGCCAAUGUCGGAAUAUUCGAUGUCAAUUCAUCAUCCCAUGUUACCUGUGAGCAGAGGUCGAGGAUUUCCGCGAUACGAAAUGAACUAUGCGCUGACAAAUCCUUAUUUGUAUAAUGGACAAUACUACGAGUAUUUUACAAAUCUGGUCGAACGAGACACGAAGCGGAAAUCGAGGGUGCGCGACCGCCGAAAAUCAAGAAGUAGAUCCAUUUCGAGAACGAGAACCAAGUCGCGUUCCAAGACGAAAUCUAGGAGUGUCUCCGGAUCGCGUAGUAGGAGACGCAACAAUUCGCGCUCCAAGAGUCGUGGCAGAAGGUCAAAGUCAAGAUCCAGAUCGCGAUCACGAAGAUCGAGAUCACGAUCGCGUAAAUCAAGAUCGCGAUCGCGCAGAUCUAGAUCCCGCUCACGUAAAUCGAGAUCGCGAUCACAUCGUUCGAGAUCUCGAUCUAAAAAUCGCUCUAGAUCACGUGACCGCCGAAAAUCGACGAGUAGAUCCGCAUCAAGAAAGAGAACCAGGUCAAGAUCGAGCUCUAAAACGAAGCGGAAGAACGACAAAUCUAGUAGAUCAAAGUCCAACUCCAGAACGCGUCGUUCUAGGUCGAGACGAAAAUCCAGAAGCCGCUCCAAGUCCCGCAACAGGAAUCGUUACAGGGGCAAGCGCGGCGAGAGAUUGUCUUCCGUCGUCAGAGUCACGCGGGCUAAAUCACGACCCACAUCACCCAGACGGAGAUCACCCAGUAGUUCUUGGUCUAUGCCAAAAUCACCAGGUCGUAGAAGUUGCUCUUGGUCGAGAACUGCCUCUGCUAAUAAUAUUAACGAGCAAGACGUAAACAAGAAAUCCGAAGAACCUGUUCAAGAAGAGACAACGAAGACAACGGAAACGCAGAAAGAAACGAAUUGAUAAGACUUAGUACUGAUUUUGUUGAGUUGCAUCGAGAAGAAACUUUUUAAAGCUACUGCUAUAUAGGAAAUUAUCAAAUACAAACUUCUGCACUAGUACGAAUAUCUAAAUUUAUUUGGUACAGAUAAAACUUUCUCCUUGUACAAAACAUGUAAAUAAUUAUGUUAUGCAGUCUUCUUUACGUAUUUUUAUAUUUAUAACUUUUCAAGAGUUAUCAUUCUAUACAUUGGCUAAUAUGAUAACAUUAAUUUGAAAGAAAAUAUUUUAAUUUGAAUGAUUUCAUCAAUGUAAACAUGAGAUAAUGACAUAUUAAAGUAUAUAUAAAUAUUUAAAAAAUCUAUAUGCACACUUUAAUAUGUAUACAGGAUGUCAGACUCGUUAGUAGCCAAACUAAAAAUUACGGUAGAUUGGGUUAAACUAAGAAGAAAAGUCAUGUACCGUUUUGCAAAAUUAGCAAUAGUUAUCACGUAAUCGAUAAAAUCUACCGUAAUUUUUAGUUUGGCUACUAACGAGUCCGACACCCUGUGCAUAUAUAUAAUUAUAUAAAGUAUUUUUUCAUGAAAAAAGUUCUGUUUAUUACUCAUUGUUCUGCGCUUAAAUUCAAAGAUUAAAAAAACUACUUUGAAAAAGAGUUGCACAAAACUAAUAUACUUAUUAGUAUUAUAUAAUUGUCUCAAAUAUAUUUAGACAUUUUCGUGUAUACAAGGUGAUUCUAUUAUAAUAACCAGGUGACUUAGUAAAUGCAACUGCAUUUUCUGUAUAGAAUUGUGUACCUUUUUUUACAUAAAUAGACUUCUCAUUAUUUUGAACUGAUAAAAAGUGUUGAAUUAAAAAAAGUUUUUGUAAUUCAACUAUAUGCGACGGUUACAGGCUGUCAAGCAAACAUUUGUUAAAGAUAAAAGCUUUUCUAUCAUUUCUUUCCUACCGUAAAAGAUUUAUAACUGUUCAAUUACUAGAAUCACUCUGUAUACGAACAUUCUUGUUGAGUGUCUAGGCAAAUAUAUUUCGUACUCUUCGUCAGAUUGCAAGAAAAUAAAUUUGAGGGAAACGGAAUUAAAUGUGUCUUUAGAGAAAUGAUAUUGGUAUGAGAAGUGUUCAAUUCAACACACGUGAAAAUCAAUGACGUACACGUAGGCAUAUUAAAAAGAAGAAAUACAUUUUAUUACAAACA